GGGGGAGGUGGAGCUAGUUGCCUGGCCGCUUGCACCACGAGCCGGUCGCCAGUUUGACACGCCGUUGCCACAGUUGAAGGUGACGGGCGUUUGAAGAAGAUCAUCUGUAGAAGCCGUUCUUGUGGACGGUCGUCGGUACCCGCGUGCAGGAACUUUUUAAGUCUGUCACUGUAAGGAGCGCCGCGUCGUCAAGAUGGUGAGCGCGAGGAAGCCGGUAUCGGCACCGCUUGUAAAGAACAUUCUCUUGCUGGAUUCAGAGGGUAAACGAGUUGCGGUCAAGUAUUAUUGCGAUGAAUGGGCAACGCAGCAGUCAAAGCUUGCAUUCGAGAAAUCAGUUUUCACCAAAACUCAUCGGACAAACGCCCGUGCUGAGGCCGAGAUUGGCAUGUUUGAUGGCUACAUCAUUGUGUACAAAUUCGUCUCAGAUCUGCUAUUCUAUGUCACAGGUGGCGAGGAUGAAAAUGAACUCAUCCUUUCCACAGUCCUACAGGCGUUCUUCGAUGCUGUGGGGUUGCUCCUAAGGAACAACGUCGUUGAGAAGAGGACAGUGUUGGAGAACUUGGACCUAAUUCUACUGUGCCUGGAUGAGCUCGUUGAUGGAGGAAUUAUAUUGGAAACAGAUGCAAAUGUGGUUGCCAGCAGGGUUGCAAUGCGGGGUGCUGAUGCUGAUCUCCCGCUCUCUGAACAGACAAUUUCACAGGCUCUUGCCACUGCGAAGGAGACUCUGGCACGCUCCCUUCUCAAGUAAAAUUUUGUGUUGUCGACCGCAUUCCAUGCGAAGCUUGUAUCAGGAAAGUUCUUCAUUUCGAGUCUUGACGAUCCGUUUGUUCUUUGACUUCGAUGAGUUUGUCUGUGCCCAUGGCCUCUUUCUGUCCUUCGAUUAGAGGGCCAUGUUUUUUCGGUAGAAAGUGAAGAUGAAGGGAACUGUUGGUCCCACUUGAAGGGUGUUUUGUUCUGCACGUGCUCUGAUUCUUUCUUCAAACUUUUCGGGGUGCUUUUGUUUUCUCGAUUGGUCUUGGGUAUGGGUGUAUGGUGCUGGCACUGUACGGGGAUGGCAGGCAAUUUAAGAGGCAUGUGAGUUGGAUGGUGUUCCGCCUCUUUCUACCUCACCAGUCAACUAUCUAGUACGGGAGAAUUAAAGUCUUUAAAGGUAUAUAGCUCGGCUCGUAUUCUGUGGUGCCUUUUUUCUGCCACUUUGUGUGGCUGUGGUUUGUCUACAUUCGGAUAAUACACCGAAGGUGACGGGGCGAGUACAGGCUCGACGCUCAGCCAGGUUUAUAGACACUUCUAAUAAGUCUUCGAGUCACGCUCAAUCAUGAUGGCUCAGGAACAUGAAAUUGUCUUCGUUGUGAUUUAUAUUCAAUUUUUGUGAAUUCACUUAUUUGAAG